AAUGUUUCUUACAUACAUUAUAGGAAGGCUUUUGGGUGCUUCUUAAGAAAUGGGUUUGUAUAGAUUUCUGUACUUGCUUUGCUGAAUUAUUAAGCUUGAGGUUUCAUUAUGACUUUGUACCGGAACCUUGGCUUUUGGUGUAAAUCAGAUUUGGGGACAUUAUCUAAUUUGCUGUUUAUGAUCGCUCAGGAGUUAUCUUGUUUUGAUUUAGCAGUAAAGAAAAAAAAAAAAACUCAUAGUGGACAGAUGUUGCAUACCAGCUGUUAACACUGAUGUCUGUUCCCCCACCCCACCCCUGGACAGCAGCAACCAUUUGUGAAUAGUUUGAUUGCUCAUUUUUUUGCCUUAGGACUUUCUAUAAACCUGUUGUGACUGCUUUGUUUACCUGUACUAUAAGCUUUCUCCAUAAAUACCUGGCAGGUGGAGUCUAAAGUUAAUCCCUUCCCAUUUCUUGUUUCUUGGGUUGUUUUCUGUCAGUUUCUACCCUGGAAGGGGAGUUAUGGGGAGAUGCAGGUGAGGAGCUGGAAGACACUGUGGUUUAGUCACUUCUCCUAGUUGUGGGACGUUAACCUGCUAGUGUCUGUUUUGCAUUUCCAAAGUAGGGACAGCAAUGCUUGCUUGGUAUGCUUGGAGGAAAAGAUGUUCCUAUCCAGAUUUCACUGUUUCUGUCUGGGUUUUCUGUCAGGGUUCCACGGAAUGAGCUUUUGCCAGGGAUCUAUAUUUUUCAAUGUGGAUGCUUGCUCUCCCUCCCACGGGUCUCUCUGCUGGUUCAUCUGUAUUGCACUUUUGAAGUUUGUUCUGUACUUCAUUGUGCAUGUGGUUUUUCAUAGACUAGAAACUUUAUGAGGGCAAGAAUGUGCUUUCCUGUUUCUGUGUAACCCAUUGCACAUAGCUGUUUCCCCCCCUCAUGGUUAACUUAGAAUAGAUGUUGAUUAAAUGAUUGGUUAACGAGGCUGUCAGGAAUGAAUACUUUGGGUGAUGGCAAAUGUCAAAGAGGAACAUUUUUCUAGAACUUUGUGAUGAUUGGCCUUUUACAUUGCAGAGUGACUGAUCUCUUAUUAUCAGUAACUGAAUCAGAUGCCAGCAAGACAAAUUGGUAAAGCCCAAUCCUUGGUUCUGUUUGUUUCAAAUACAAUUUAUGAAGCAAGGCAGAGGAAAGAGAGGUUGUCACGACCGUCUGAGUUUGACAUUUGUUCCGUUUCACACCCUGUAGCAUGUGGAGGCCUGUCUCUAUCCAACUGCUGAGUGUAAAGAAUGAAAACUGACUGCAUGGCGUCGUCUGGUCCUCACUGGAGCCCGUUUGCUUUGAAGGAUUUGCAAGUUUGCCUGGAACCUGGGCUCCUGAAGACGCAGCGCUGGAGCAGAUGGAUAAUGGAGAAUGGGGCUAUAUGAUGACUGACCCAGUCACGUUAAAUGUAGGUGGACACUUGUAUACAACGUCUCUUACCACAUUGACGCGUUACCCGGAUUCCAUGCUUGGAGCUAUGUUUGGGGGGGACUUCCCCACAGCUAGAGACCCUCAAGGCAAUUAUUUCAUCGAUCGGGAUGGACCUCUUUUCCGAUACGUGCUUAACUUCUUAAGAACUUCAGAGUUGACCUUACCCCUGGAUUUUAAGGAGUUUGAUCUGCUUCGAAAAGAAGCCGAUUUUUACCAGAUUGAACCUUUGAUUCAGUGUCUCAAUGACCCAAAGCCUUUGUAUCCUGUGGAUACUUUCGAAGAAGUUGUGGAGCUGUCUAGCACUCGGAAGCUUUCUAAGUACUCCAAUCCAGUGGCUGUCAUCAUCACCCAGUUAACCAUAACCACCAAGGUCCACUCCUUACUAGAAGGCAUCUCCAAUUAUUUCACCAAGUGGAAUAAGCACAUGAUGGACACCCGAGACUGCCAGGUGUCCUUUACAUUUGGGCCCUGUGAUUAUCACCAGGAAGUGUCUCUGCGGGUCCACCUGAUGGAAUACAUUACAAAACAAGGCUUCACGAUCCGCAACACGCGCGUGCACCACAUGAGUGAGCGGGCCAAUGAGAACACAGUGGAGCACAACUGGACUUUCUGUAGGCUGGCCCGGAAGACGGAUGACUGAUCUGGAACCCAGAGAGAAGUUCCUGGAAACUGGUUCCCCAGGAAAUGGCAGAGACUUUUUUUUUUAAAUCACAGUGUGAGAUUUUUUUUUUUAAUAUUUGUAUUUAUUUGAAGGUAUUGAGGACCAGAAGGAUGUUUUGUGUUUUACCAGACUCCUCCUAUUUUGUCCCUUCACCCUGAGUAUGCAUGUGCCUGUUGAGUCUCCAGAUACCUUUUUUAUAAAAAGAAAUCUGAAAAUUAUGGAUAUAAUCUACCCUUAACAGAGCUUUGUUUUUUUAUAAUUAUUACAGUGCUAAAAUGAUUUCUGAUAAAGUGGCCCUUAACUUAACUAGAAGGCUAUAAAAUACAGGAAUGAAAGAAUAAGCUGUAUAGUCGUGAUGCCUUUGAGAAAAAUUGAAACAUCAUGUAGGAUGACCUACUUUCCAAACCGAUAAGCAGUAUUGUAAUAUUAAGGCAAAACUGUUCCAAUCAUUUAAAAGUACUUGUAAAGUACUGCUUCUUACAGUUAUGACAACUGUUUCUUUCUAUGCAUAUAAAUCAAGCAACCAAAUAUCUGUAGCCAUGGAAAUGUCUGACUAGAAAUAUUUAUAUUGGAUUCUGAAUACAAAAUGUCUCUGUGGUAGAAAUCUUACUUCUUAUGCCUGGUACAGUAUAAUUCCCAAGUGGACUGUCUACCAGAAAAAAAAAAAAAGCUAAUAAAAAAUGAAAU